AGUUGUUCAAAACCAUGAAACAUCCUUAAUGUUGAGAUGAAGUGGACGUGUAGACAGUAAGUGGUUGACGGUGAGGGAUAUAGUGGAGAUUAACACUGGAGGAGGGGGAGAGACCGAGGGAGGUGUGUGUGCAAGAAGAUCUCAGUCGAGGUGAAUUUGUCCAGAGGACGUUUGGAUGCAGAAUAAUAACGGCAACAAUAAAAACCAGAGAAACAAGAAGGCCUUUUAUAAAUUAGGGACUGUCCGUAUCUGAACACGGACUCAAAACCUAAACUGUGAAAUUACAGAGCAUUUCAGAGCUGCAAUGCGAUUGGUCAGCGCGGCGGGGGCGCGGCUCCGCAGGGCAGCAGAGAAGGAGGAGGAGGAGAGGGAGGAGAGGGAGCGACCACCUCCUCCACCCCCCUCACACCACUCCAACCACCAGUUCACAAGCAUGAAGAACAAGUUCUUCAACGAGCUCACGCACCUGCCAAAUCAUAAACUCAACUUGCCCAUGUGGGCAGUGGGAGCCAUCGUGGUUGUGGUCCUUGCCCUCGUCGGCUGCCUGUGUUUCUGCAUCUACAGGAAGUGUUGCAACAAGGGCAAGAAGCCCAAGAAGGUCCGUGAGAGGAAGGGAGGCCGAGGGCGCAGAAAGAAGAAUGCAGAGGGAGAAGACGGGGAUGAGAAGAAGGAAGGAGAGGACGGGAAGGAAGAGGAGGAGAAGGAGUCCCUGGGCAAACUGGAAUACACACUUGACUAUAGCUUCACUGAUAACCAGCUGAUAGUGGGCAUCCUCCAGGCGCAGGACCUCCCAGCUAUGGACGUAUGCGGCACCUCUGACCCCUAUGUCAAAGUCUACAUGCUGCCAGACAAGAAGAAGAAGUUUGAGACCAAAGUUCACCGCAAGAACCUGAGUCCAGUCUUCAAUGAGACAUUCAGCUUUAAAAUACCCUACACUGAGUUGGGUGGUCAGACUCUGGUGCUGCAGGUUUUUGACUUUGACCGUUUUGGCAAACAUGACGUCAUUGGUGAGAUCAAGAUCCCAAUGAACACCAUCGACCUCGCACAGCCCAUACACGAAUUUAAAGACCUGGUUGGAGGAGAGAAAGAGACGCAAGAGAAGCUGGGUGAUAUCUGUAUUUCUCUUCGUUACGUGCCCACUGCUGGGAAACUAACAGUCAACAUCAUGGAAGCGAAGAACCUGAAGAAGAUGGACGUCGGAGGACUGUCAGAUCCAUUUGUUAAGGUGGUGCUGCAGCACAAUGGAAAGCGACUGAAGAAGAAGAAGACGUCCGUCAAACAAAACACUCUGAAUCCUUACUUCAACGAGAGCUUCAGCUUUGAGAUCCCUUUCUCCCAGAUCCAGAAAGUCCAGGUGCUGAUCACUGUGUACGACUACGACAAGCUCGGCAGCAACGAUCCAAUCGGCAAAUGCUGGAUCGGCUACGGCGCGUCUGGUGUGGGCCUUCGCCACUGGUCAGACAUGCUGGCCAAUCCCAGGCGUCCUGUGGCCCAGUGGCACACGCUGCUGCCUGAGGAGGAGGUGGAUACUGCUCUGAAGGCUCCCAUUCGCUAAACAAACACACAACAUUCAUUUUUCUAAUAUUACAUUUAUGAAUCUCUUUAUAUGAGUAGGCAGCGUGUGCUGUGUGUUUUAUUGAUGAAUAGAAAUGCCAUUUUGAUCGAUUGAUGUUUGAUGUAUGCACACUGGAACGUGUGACCCAUGCAUUCACAAUUAAAGGGUUAAUUCACCAAAUUCCUAUUGUACCUCCAAUACCUGGAGUUGGCCCCUGGAUCACAAACAUCUCCCAUAAUACAACAUUGAUGAGUAGCCUCAACAUCAUAGUACAACUGACUUACUUUGCCUAGCAACAGAGCUGCAGCUGUAACUGGCUGCAGUACAGAUGACAGCUUUUAUUGGUUGUUUAAGUUGAGUUGAAACCCAGUACUUCUGCAUUGCUUAAGGAUUUGUGGAUGCAUUCGUUGAACCUUCACUCAUUAAACCACCUUUCCCUCUGAAAUUUGUUGGUUUUGUCCAUUGUGGGUAAUUGUGACUCCUUAUGUGCUUGUGUUUUCUUCGUGUGUUCUUGUAUGGGUGUCUUUGUGAGGACAAAAAAAACUUGUAAACCUAAGGAAGUUUUGCAGGGUUAAGACCUGGUUUUAGGGUAAGAAUUGGGUUUAGGUUAGGGUAAGUGGCUAGGGAAUGCAUUAUGUCAAAGAGUGUCCUCACUAUGAAUGCUGCGCAAACGUGAGUGUGUGUGUGUGUGUGUGUGUG